UGUCCAGCUAAAAGCGAAAAAAAGUUGCGAAAUGCAACAAUCAACUAAGGUUUCAAAUAGAAUUGCCGAUUUCUGAAUUUUAGAUGCCAUUUUUAGAAAGACCUCUUCGCUCUUAAAGGUAAGAGGUGUAUUACAAAAGGAAUUUUUCUCGUGAAUUUAAACAUUAUUCUGCAAUCUGUAUUCAUCACUUAACUUAGUAUCAAAGAACUUUCGCCUGUCAGCCCUUGUGUUUUCAGAGGCUGCCGGUUGUUGGCGGCCACCUUAAUGCCUGCGAAAGAGAUGUUACACCUUACCUUUUGCAUUCCAUAAACGCUAUUUAUGCAACUCCUUAGAAACAUGCUUCAUUCUACAGAUCGUGUUUUUUAAAGCUACUCUAGCUGUCAUGGCGUUCAAGUCCAGUUUUGUUGUCCAGUCUGUUUUUCAUGUAGGCUCUUUUUGCCUUGGGGUUCAAGUUCAACGUUGAUCAAUUGCCAGGACAACGUCUCUAGUUCUCUUCCCUGAUUCUCCUUUUUGCCUUCAAAAAGUGUGGACGUUUCAUCGACGUUUCCUUCGCCUGGUAAUCUUUAAUCCCAAAAGUACGUUGGCUGUCGUGGUGGUCGGGUGAAAUUUUAUUCGGCGUUUUUCGUUACUAAAGAGGUAUUCCAAGAUGCCUGUCCUAGUUAGAGAGGAGGAAGUUGUUGAAUGGGUUAUCGAAUGGAAGGUUCAGACGAAGGAAGGUGAAGAGCCUUUAACACUGUAUAACGAAAGGAAACGUUGGAUUAACCUGUGGUUGGAGCAGACUGAGAAAGCGGAAGUCCGAGACACUGAAGCGCUUUGCUCCGACAGGGAGGCGGCUGUUGUUCCAACUAGGCACUACAAGCCGUCAUCCAUUACCGUUUCUGUUUGUGGAUUUUCGGGAGAGGCAAUGCAACGCGAAGCGACUCCAAAUGUGGAGAAAUGGACUUGCAUGAAAUCCGAGUAUUCGUUUGAUCGCAAAAGAAAUAUUAACUUGUUGUCCUUCGUCUUUUCCAUCAAAUUCGAGAAAAUCGGUGUCGUCGAAAUGGUAGAAGCUCUUGAGCACAUGACGGACUACUUUUUCCUGCAGCAGUCGCAUUGCGACGUCCAGUUUUGCUUCCCAAAUGACGAGGAGCCAAUCAGCGGACACGGGAAAAUUUUGUCAUCCAGAAGUUCCGUUUUCGCCGCGAUGUUCCAGCACGAGAUGCAAGAAUCUAAGACGGGCAAGGUCUUCAUCCAAGACACGGAACGCGACACUUUCUAUCAACUGCUUCAUUACAUUUACUCCGGUCGGACUUGGACGUCGUUGACUGAAGGCACAGCUCAAAAGCUUCUCUUGGCAGCUGAUAAGUACAAUGUGACUCAACUUGCCAAAGAAUGCACCAGUUACUUGAUUUCAAACAUCCAAUGGGACAGAGCCGUUGAUUUGAUGAUCUGGGCUCACCUGUAUUCAAUUGAUCAAGUAAAAAAAGCGGCUCUCGAGGUUGUCGCCAAAUAUGGAAAACAGAUUUGCCCUCUAGACGCCUGGGAGGGACUGGUGAUCAAUUAUCCUCAGCUUUGUUUGGAGGCAACUAGGCGCAUGAUGUCGUUUUUUCCAGGCAAGUAACUUACUGGGGAAUACUGUGCUGAAAAAUGUUGGUGUAAUCAGUUGUACUUUGUCUCAUCGCGGUUUUGCAACGUCUGGUUCCAGUUGAAAUAAAGUUGUGACUUUAA